GGUGAUUGUGGUACCCCUCAUGGGUGUCCAGGUGAUGCAUCAGAAGUACAGAAUACAGGUGACUGUGGAACACCACAUGGUUGUCCUGGUGAUGGGACUGAAAAUCAAGCAACAGGUGACUGUGGAACUCCUCAUGGUUGCCCUGGUGAUGGCAAUGGAACAGAAACACAAGCAACAGGCAACUGUGGUACGCCUCAUGGGUGUCCUGGUGAUGGAGUUGAGGCACCAGCAACUGGACAUUGUGGAACACCUCAUGGUUGUCCUGGUGAUGGUACUGAAACUCAAGUAGCUGGUGACUGUGGAACACCCCAUGGUUGUCCUGGAGAUGGAGUUGAAACACAAGCAACUGGAGACUGUGGAACGCCUCAUGGUUGUCCUGGUGAUGGAUCUGAAACACAAGCAACAGGUGACUGUGGAACUCCUCAUGGUUGCCCUGGUGAUGGAGUUGAGGCACCAGCAACUGGAGAUUGUGGAACACCUCAUGGUUGCCCUGGUGAUGGAUCUGAAACACAAGCAACUGGAGAUUGUGGGACACCUCAUGGUUGU